AGCCGGUGUGUUCUCUCCCCAUCGUCGGAAUUCCCUGACGGGUUUUUCACUCCGCAAGAACGAGCCGAAGGCGGCAUCGUGAUCUAUUUCAUCAUCAUUUUUUACAUGUUCCUGGCAGUGUCCAUUGUCUGUGAUGACUACUUCCUCCCAGCUUUGGAGAUGAUCAGUCACACUCUUGGCCUCUCUCAGGAUGUUGCAGGAGCAACCUUCAUGGCAGCUGGCAGUUCUGCCCCCGAAUUAGUCACCGCCUUUCUUGGUGUUUUUGUCACAAAGGGAGAUAUUGGAGUCAGCACCAUCCUUGGCUCCGCCAUCUACAAUCUUCUCGGCAUCUGUGCAGCCUGUGGACUCUUAUCUGGCAUGGUUUCACACCUGUCUUGCUGGCCAUUGUUCAGAGAUUGCUUGGCUUACAUUAUUAGUGCUGGGGCAGUUCUGGCCAUGAUUGUCGACAACCAAGUUUAUUGGUAUGAAUGUGCUUCGCUCCUGUUAAUAUAUGGAGUCUAUAUUUUAGUACUCUGCUUUGACAUUAAAAUCAACCAAUAUUUCAUGAGCAAGUUUAGUCCUUGCUGUACCUGUCUCUUGGUGACCACAGAAGAGGCUGAAGACCAGCCACUGUCUGGAUGGAGGGACGAGACGCAACCUCUAGUUCGGCGACAAUCAAGACCUGACGACAUUUUCCAUGACUCUGAUUACGCUCAACUUUCAGCAAGCUUACACGGACUCGAUACCAUUUCUGAAGAUCCUCCAAGCGUGUUUACCAUGCCUGAAGCAGAUCUGAAGAGAAUCCUGUGGGUGCUCGCCCUUCCCAUCAUUACUGUGCUAUAUCUGACAAUUCCAGACUGCAGGAAACUCUUUUGGAAAAAAUGGUUCAUGCUUGCCUUCUUCAUGUCGGCAGUGUGGAUUUCUGCUUUUACGUACAUUCUGGUAUGGAUGGUGACCAUAGUGGGGGAAACCCUGCAUAUUCCUGAAACUGUAAUGGGCCUUACGCUACUAGCAGCUGGAACCAGCAUUCCAGACACCAUUGCUAGUGUUCUUGUGGCUAAAAGAGGGAAAGGAGAUAUGGCCAUGUCGAACAUUGUAGGAUCGAAUGUGUUUGAUUUGUUGUGUUUGGGAUUACCUUGGUUUAUAAAAACCGCCUUUGUUGACCCAUCUGGUCCUGUGCUAGUGAACAGCACUGGACUGACUUAUACCGCCAUUUCUCUCAUUUGCUCCGUUGCUUUUAUAUUCCUGGCUAUUCACCUGAAUGGCUGGAAAUUAGACAAAAAGCUAGGAGCCAUUUCCCUUCUGAUGUACUUAGCCUUUGUCACAUUAUCAAUUCUGUAUGAACUUGGAAUCAUAGGGAACAAUCCUAUAAAGAAUUGUGGCAACUAAUUAAGU